GCUAUCUGGCAAGGGGGAGGAUGGGCACCACAACAGAUGUAUGCAUACAGGUACCAACUAACAACCUUGAUAUAACUGCUGAUUUCGCGCCGUUGACUGCCGGGAUCUCGGAUCCAACGGCAGUUUUGACUGUGAGCAACACGCCAGGAUGGGGUCUGUUCCAAAUCAAAACAAAGCAAAAGUCGCCAUCAUCACGGGUGGGACGAGCGGCAUUGGGCUCGCCCUCGCCCGCCAUCUCCACGCAAAGGGCUGGCGGGUGGCGCUAGCCGGGCGACGGGCGGAUGUCGGCGCCGUGCAGGCCGCGUCCCUCGAUGUGUCGGGCGAGACGGCCGUGUUUGAGGCGUGCGAUGUCGCGUCGUAUUCGGCGCAGGCGGCCAUGUUCACAAACGUGUGGGCGCGGUGGGGGCGGCUAGACCUGCUGAUCGCCAACGCGGGGAGCGUCGACAGCGGGUCGUGGUACAACUUCCGGCGGCGCGGCGCGGGCGUCGACGACCUGCCACCCGAGCCCGACACCACGUGCACCGACACGCACCUCAAGGGCCUCAUGUACGGCACCGUGCUGGCGACGCACUUCAUGCGCCACAACACGCCCGCGCCCGGCGGCAAGAUCGUCGCCACCAGCAGCAUGCUCGGCGUGCACCCGUGCCCGACCUUCCCUGAGUACGGCGCGGUCGAGGCCGGCAUCGUCCACUGGGUGCGUGUCAACGCGCCGCUGCUCCUGCGCAAGGAGAACAUCACCAUCAACACCAUCAUGAUGGGCCCUGCCAUCACGCCCGUCAUGCCCGGUCUGGGCAAGGCCUUCCUACCGGAGCACCUCGUGCGCCCGGCCACCAUCCUCCAGGCCUAUGACCUGUUCAUCGACGACGCCGACAACAAGCGGACGGGCGAGACGGUGGAGACGGCUCAUGACGGGCUGUUCUGGUACGAGGCGCCCGAGCACAAGGCCGGGGCCCAGAAUGUACGCAAUCGGCUGGUCUACGAGCCGUGGUUCGCCAUGAUCCACGGCGAGAAGAGCGGCCUCGAGGAUGCGCUGCAGGGGCCGCCCGAGGGCAACGCUGAGGAUGCGGGCCGCGUGCAGGACUUUGAAGUGGGCAUGUGAAAGCCAACGAAACAAGUCCAACAAGGGCUAGAUUCAGGGGCUGGGAGCGAGAAGCGUGCAGGUGGUGUAUGAUGUAAUACACGUACCACUAUCAUCUGGCGCCCACGCCCGUGCUUGCUUUUUCUGUCUCUAGUACCCCCACGUGUUCAUGUACUGUACAUACUUGUACACGUAAUGUAUACGACACAGUAGGCUCGACAGGUCGACCCUGAUUGACAGGGGGGUAACUGGCCAGAACUGAGUUAGCGGAGGGUGUAACGGUAACCUUAUCUCGACCUUGUUC